AACAACAUGGCAUCUGCCUGACGGUUUCCGUCGUAUGACAAGAAUUUUAAAUUAUAAAUCUAUUUUUUGGAAACCAUUCUUUCCUUCGAAAAUGGGUAGAAAAAGAAAACAGGUAGACCCAGAAAACAACUCCAAAACAAAUCUCCCUCCAUGUCGGGUGUGUGAUGCCCCUGGUGCAGGCUUCCAUUAUGGGGCCAACACUUGUGAAGCUUGCAAGGGUUUCUUUCAUCGAAGCUUGAAGCUUCAUGAUCAGUACAAAUGUGAUAAUGAUGGCCAGUGUGUUAUUGAACACGGGAAAGAUAAGCUGUGUCAAAAGUGUCGCUAUCAGAAGUGUCUUAUGGUCGGUAUGGGUAAAGAAGCUAUAAAAACUGGCAGAUACACAUCUGUGAAACGGACCAACGACAUCCUGGAAGUCAAGAAACUACAGCGAACCGUCCAGGUUCCAACCGGGGUAACAAACUCCAGUCAGAUUUUGAAACUGCUGAGAAGUCCACGCAUGGACACAGACUCAGGGAGCCAAAACUCUUGUGAUAGCCAAAUUGCAUAUCAUGCAUCCAGCCUCAACAAUGCCUUCCCCACAGUGACUGACAGUGUAUAUGUAAACAGCCCAAAUUUCACAAUAAAACUGGAACCACAAACAACAAACCCUCAGUCACCUUUGUUGACAUUACUGACAUCGUCACCAGUUUCACAACCGCCGUGUCAGGAUCGCCGUGAAAAAUCACCAUCCAUGCUGGAAUCUAAUUCGUCCGUUUUAUCCCCCCUGGCUGUCCUAUCAGCUACCGCCACAGCUGUUCUGUCAUCCUCGUUAACAACUCAGUCGUUUAUAAAUCAUCCGUCAGACACCUCAUACGAACAGUUACCCCUGUCGUCAGUCAACUCCACCCCUGUCUCGUCGCCCGCUACCUGCUGCAACGACCACUUCCAGUGUACAUCCUCCCCGUUCUCCUCCGGCACCAGCGGCCCUUUAUCAAACUCUUCCUCCUCUUCUUCAACGUGUGUCAGCUCUCAGAUAGCAAGUUCAGACUUUCUCGGCACUUUCUGUGAUUCCUGUGGGUGUAACCUGGAGAACAAGGACGUGUCCCUGCUGUACCAGGACAAGGAGAAGGUGGUCAGGAUGCUGGUGGAGGCCCAUGAAUGUUUUGUUGUGCCUGUCUUUGGUCGCUUGUCUCCGGAGGAACAGCUGAGGCAGCAGAUAGAGCACAUUGAACAUUGUAAACUCCACUCAGAAAUAUUUGGCACUCUGCCAAAGCUCCCAGAUCAUGAAUAUGAUUAUAUCUUUGCCACGACAGGUCUUGACACUGACGGACGUCAACAUCGUUUUCACAGAGUUAGCAUUUAUUUAGAGAAUGUCAUUAGGGGCAUGGUGAAGUUUGCUAAAGCCAUACCUGGCUUUGGCAAGGUGUCCACUGUAGACAAAGUCAACCUUAUUAAAUAUUCUCGUCAAGAGUUUGUGAGUUUCUCCAUGUACCCUUCACUGAACCCUGAACUGAAGGUGAUGAAGGGGGUGGACAAUGAAUGGAAGUGUGAGAUUGACAUGGUGAAAGCCUGCAACCUGGAAUGCUUCAGGGACUUCCUGUACAAGCAGCUGCAGUUCUACCAAAGUCUGCAGAACCUUGACUUGUCAGAAGAAGAGCAAGUUGUUGUUAAAGCCAUUCUGAUUAUGGCCCCUGAUCGUACAGUACCAGUUUAUUCAGCUCUGGUUGAAGAGAUUUACUGGCACCUGGUCCAGAGCCUGUUGCACCUCCUGUCCCUCCGGCACCAGAAGCCCAACAUCAAGUUUGCCCAGAUUAUGGGUAGGAUCACUGAGGCCAGGACACAGACCCAGAGCAGCAUAGGCUUCAUCAAGAACUUCAAGAUUGAGAAGUACUCCAAGAUGAUGGAGAACCCCCUGCUCCGAGAAAUGUUGGCUGGUAUUGUUUUUGAUUUUAAGGAUGAUGGCAAUGUGUCAGACUAAUGUCAGCAGUGUGUCUACACUAAAGACAGCAAUGUGUCAGACUAAUGUCAGCAGUGUGUCAAGACUAUUGACGGCAAUGUGUCAAGAUUAAUGAUGGCAUUGUGUCAAGACUAAUGACUGCAAUAUGUCAUACCAGUGACAGCAAUGUGUCAAGUCUUAUGAAGGCAAUGUGUCUAGACAGACUAAUGACUGCAAUUUUUCUGGCUGAUAUAGGAAUGUGGCUAUGUGUAAGACUAAUGGCAGUGUGUGAAACUCAUGAUUGCAAAUGUGUCACAGUAGAGUAACUACAGCAGUGUGUCACCCAAAUGCAGCAAUGUGUCCAAAAUAGGAAUGUGUCUAAUGAUGCAAACGUGUCAGAGUGAUGACUGUGGUGUGUCAGACUAAUGCAGAAUAUUGCGGCAUUGUACAAAGAUUGUUGUAGGAUGUGAUCUGUUGGACAUUCCAGUUCAAUUUUUUUCUAUGUGGAUGCUAAAAUCAAAUUUCAUAUUCAUCAUUGGCUAUGUAAAUACCCCAUUGAACAUUAUCCCAACCAAAACAUAUUACUUAAAUAUCAUUGUUAUAUCAAAAUACACCAUAGCUUUGUACAUUUCUAAUUCCUCUGUUAUAUCAAAAUACACCAUAGCUUUUUACAUUUCUAAAUCCUCUUGAAUUCACUGUUUUUAAAUCUGGUCUAUUCAUCAGACUGGUCUCUAUACUUGUGUGUGUGUACAUUUAUAUACUGCCUAAUCAAAGAUCUCUUAGUUGUUGUUAUAAAGCUGUAGAAUAUUAAUAAUUUAUUCAUAUUUGGAAACUUUGUGUUUAUUUCAGUUCUUAAUUAAGAUAUAGAACUUGAGUUUUAACUUUUAUUUUCAGUUACCUUGUAUAACAUUUUAAUUAUUUUUCACAAAUUAACAUAUAUUUCUGUUAAUUUUUUCAACAUAAUUCAUUUUGUGAGUGUUAAGCAAUCAGUCCACAUUUCUUUUUGUUAGUACAGGUAUAUCUUGAUGGUCAUCUUUUUUUAAAUAAUUGAGUGAAAUAUAAUUUGUAUAUCUUCACUGUAUACUUUAAACUGAUAGAUGUUCAUUCACAUCUAUAGGUUUUUGUUUUUAUUUUACUAUUUGAGUGUGAAUUAGUGGUCACAAUUAUAAAACAAGAAUUUACAAAUAAUAGAAGUUAUGGAAAAAAAUGUAGUCAGAUCAAGACACUUUCUUUCUUUACAUACUUUGGGUGGGCGCAUUUGACGAUCAUUGAAAUUAGUUAUUCUUUUUUUUAAUUUUUCUGAAACAGAUCUUGUCUGUAUUUUAGCUUAUUCUACUUGCAUUUCUUUUAAGUUAAGCUUUUGUUUUGAAUUUUAAAAAAAAUAAUAUUGUCAUUAGAAUUAGGAAAUAGCCUGUUAACAUUGAACCAAAUCUAAUGCCAAGCUAUCAGUGUUUGUCUGAGAACUUAAUGAGCUAAUCUUUUAUCAAAUGUUAUUUGGUAUGAAAACACACCAGUGCUAUAGUUGUUGAGGUGUUUGUUGAUGUCUGAGGAUAGAUACUGUGAAGUAUUGUUCUAACACAUCUUGGUCUGUGAUAUCUGUUGACUUUCUGUCUAGAGACACUUUUCCUGUGUUGUGUUGUGAGAUCAAGUUGUCUUCAUACUGUAGCUCAUCUCUUGUUUAGUGAUUUAGUCUCAUACCAAAUAUGUACAUGGGGAUACAUUAGCUGGAACCCAUUAUGGUAGGCUGUUUCACAAGGGAAAAUUAUAGCACAUUUUUGUAACUUAAGAUAUAGGCUGCUUGCUAAGAUUUAAAUAGUUAUUUCUGAAGACAUUUUCAUAUUUCUCUUUGUAAAUUUUUAUAAUAAUUGAUAUAGGUCUGCUAAGAUAUAAAUGUUUUUACUGAGCACAUUUUGACUGUUUUUUUUUUUAACACUUUUAUAUAAAUCUAUAUCAAACCAAAAUUAUAAGUCGGAUGACAUUAAAAUUUCAAAGACUGUUAAUUUAGUUUUUAAAACUGUACUUAUUCAUCUACUUGUUAAUGAGCCAUUUGAGUGAUCUUGAUCCAUAUUAUUUUUGUUAAUACUAAUAGUAGCGUGCUAUUGAAGUGUGGUUUGAAAAAUUCAAAACAUGACCCUUUAGGAAAACAUGAUCCACUUGUAAAACUUUGGGGGUUUGGAAUAUAUUUUUCUUGUCACCCUGAGCCUAACUGUAUGUGUUAUUUCAUGACAACACACAAACAGUGAUCAACAUCAACCUACUUAUUCAAGGGAGUUAACAUGUCGUAUUUGCUACCUCCCUUGACAAUAGCUACUAGCUAUGCUCAUAAAAAUUAUGUAUUUACAAAAAUUAAUUAUUUAGCUGCCUUCUAACAUAUAUUGUAACUUUAUUAAUCACAUUUAGACUUGCUAAGUUCUGUGUGGUUAUCUAUUAUACAAAAAAAUAUUGCACAUAUUUAUCUCUGUGUUUAGCAUAAUUUCAUAAAACUUUUACUACUUAUUUAAAAAAUUAAAACUAUUGACAGCAACAUGUAAAUAGUAUAAUAUAAUAAUCCUGAGAUUACUGCAUUAUUUAACUUUUUUGCACAUAUAAAAAUAUCUACCAGAAUAUUGUAAUAAUAGUUCUAAUUUGGUAGAUUGUAUGGAUAUGUUUCUGUGUGAAUGCUGCCAACAUUGAUAGCUCUAAGUUGUUGAACUUAGUUGAUGGAUAUGUAGGGUGUGAAUGAUGGCAAUGCUUAGGUUAUUCUUAACUGUAGAGAUUGUGUUGUGCUGGCCAGUUAAGCUGCCAAAAUGCCUGUCAUGUUGCCAGUUAAGAUUAAUGAUAAAUGCAGAUGUGGUGUUGCUUGUGCCUAACUUAGUUUACUGUAGUUGGGGUUGUGUUUAGUUUCUGGUGUUUAUUGUCUCAAACUAUCACAUGACUAAAUAACUUGUCAAAAAUAUUUGUAUUUAAAUCUGAGUUGAGUGGACUGGGCAAUGAAGAAAAAAAAACACACACAUAUUAGCGGGUUAAAAGCACAAUUUGUAGUUGUUUUUUUUUUAACUGCAUGAAAAUCAACACAUCUUUUUUAAAUAAUGUAGCUAGUGUUUGUACCUAAAAACUUUUAAAAACACAAUAUUUAGUCUUCUGUGGUCAUAUGUUUGGUUAUUUCCCUUGUUACUUAAUAUUUUGUUUGUUAUCUCCCCUGUGACUUCCUUGUUUCCAGUGCUUAGGUUACAAUUUUUGUCUUAUGGUUGUCUUGUACUUGGUGCACAUAGUUCAAUAACCUCUGCUGACUUAACAUUCAAUAACUUUUAUCAAGUGUACAAUUCAUUCAAACAUGUAUACUAUGUCAAUAGAUAAUAGAAAUGUAAUAAAACAUAUUUAAUUGUU